CAAGAACGAAAAAAAGAAAAAGAAAGUCUCCUGUUGAGGAAGGAGAGAGCAGGUCUGCUGCCGGUGCUAACGUUACUCUACCCGGCAUCUCAGCGUGAUUCAACCGAGAGCCAAGAGGACAACCGAGCUGGACGUCUGCGUUUCUUCUAUAAGAAGAUGGCAUCAAAUGACUCGCGGCUCCAGCAGCAGCCCUCCCAGAAGGAUGCGGCCGACCAGAACUUUGACUACAUGUUCAAGCUGCUGAUCAUCGGCAACAGCAGCGUGGGGAAGACCUCCUUCCUGUUCCGCUACGCAGACGACUCCUUCACCUCCGCCUUCGUCAGUACCGUGGGCAUCGACUUCAAGGUCAAGACCGUGUUCCGCAAUGACAAGAGGAUCAAGUUGCAGAUCUGGGACACAGCGGGACAAGAGCGCUACCGCACCAUCACCACAGCCUACUACAGAGGAGCCAUGGGCUUCUUGCUCAUGUAUGACAUCACCAACCAGGACUCCUUCAACGCAGUUCAGGACUGGGCGACGCAGAUCAAGACGUACUCAUGGGACAAUGCUCAGGUGAUCCUUGUUGGGAACAAGUGUGACCUGGAGGACGACCGGUUCAUACCCACGGAGGACGGCCAGAGACUGUCAGAGGAUCUAGGUUUCCAGUUCUUCGAGGCCAGCGCCAAGGACAACAUCAACGUGAAGCAGGUGUUUGAGCGACUCGUGGACGUCAUCUGCGAGAAGAUGAACGAGAGCAUGGAGGGGGACAUCAACCUCGUGUCCAACCACAGGAACCAGGCCCUUAAAGACUCGCCAUCAGAGAGCCACGGGGUUGCGCUUGCUAAACCGUCCGCCCUCCUACCCUCCUACCAACUCCCCCAACACACCAAC